AUGUCUCUCCGUCAUCCACCGAAAUGCGUUCAGCCCUCAAUGAUCGAGCGUGUGAAAGGAGUGUGGAACCGCCUAUUCAACUACGUGUUCGGUCAGGUCAAACUUCAAACAUUCUAUCAUGUGAAAGAGAUAUUCCAUCAUCCGCGUUAUGUACCCGGUACCCUCGAGUACGAUUUGGCCUUACUCCAAUUAAAGGAAGAACCGGUUUUGCGAAAGAUCAAGAACAUUGGCCUGAUCGCUUUGCCGGAUAGAUCUGUCGGCAGUAUUUGGCCACAUACAAAUCAGACUUGUCUGUCGGUCGGUUGGGGAUGUAGCUUUGCGGAUGGGCCACCAACGAUGAGGAUCCAAUCCGUGGAAUUGCCUGUGCUGGAUCCGGAAACUUGUCGCAAUAUGUAUUCGGCUUACAUCAAUCUGACGACUUCACACGAGUUCUGCGCUGGUUACCAUAUGGGCAACAAAGGUAUCUGUCCAGUAAGUGUCCAUUUUUCCCGAUUGUUUUUAUUAAAUAUGCAUGCGAAUUUUCUGUUUAGUGAGUUUUACAGAAAAUUUCAAGUUUCGCUGGAGAAAAAUCUAGUGCACAUUUUCGGAGCACAUUUUUUUUAA